UAACCUUAAACUGAUUAAAGCUUUAACUGCGAUUAUUUCAUGCACAAAAACUCGAAAAUGUUUGUCAAACUACUAUCUCAUGUAUAUAACGGACCUAAUCAUGAAGCAUGAACUGAUAAAAAGAAAUAUUAUCUUUUCAUUAGUAUCACCAUUUUAUCUAUAAAUAACUUUAUUGACAAAUCAGUGGGUCCGAGGAAAGUGCGUGUCGGAAAAACGAUGGCUGUGAAUUUACAACUGCGUGUUUAUAUGAACAGACAGACAAUUACAUGAGUGUUAGAAGUGAAAUUAAGUCAAAAUGCCGGCUAUAACAGAAGAGAAUGAUAUCUUGAAAACUAUAUUAUUUUCUUUCAACGUGUUUGUGCAUAUGUUGGUAGGAAUCAUGAUGGGUGUGCCUAUGCUGUAUGCAGUGCUCCAGAAUUUCCAGACUGAUGAAGCAGACUCGGAGGCUAUAAUGCAUCAUAUCCUGAUCUGUGUACCAGCGUACCAAGUUCUGGCAUCACAAGCGCUGCUCAGCUUAUGUCCUUACAACACCUGGUCUUCACCACUCAGGAAGACCAACAAGAUACGAGCACAUUGGGUCCUACAUUUGGCCGCCUAUGUUAUGGGAGUCGCUGGCAGCGUGAUCAUCAUGUCCUCGAAGAAAAAGCACUUUCAAACUCCACAUGGACGACUAGGUCUGGUGUGCCUCACCAUAACCCCAGUGACGAUGCUGACUGGACUACUAACUCUAUUGGCUCAUCCAAUGCGAAGGUUCUAUCCAGUCAAGAUUAACAAGCUGGUACACGUCCUAAUCGGGAUGGCUUGCUAUGUCUGCUCCACAGCUGCUGUCUGCCACGGAUUCAACAAAGAAGGCUUCAGAGACUGGAUGAACGAACGAGUCACUAACGGUUUUAUUGCCUUCACUAGCAUCGUCACCUCCAUUGUGCUCUUUAACCCUUUGCUCACAGUGUUCAGGUUGAUUUAUAAAAUUUUGAAUAGAGAUUGUCAGUGAAUUAUAGGUCUGUGUUUAAGCAGUAUCUAAUGAAUGUGGACGAUUAAACUAAUAUGACUGCGCGCGACGUGCAGCUGGAUUGAUUUCCGUAUGGAACAAAUUAUUAUUUCUGGUCUGGACGUCAUGUGUACACGUAUAAAAAAUUGUAUGUUAAUCAACGCACCCUCGAUACAGGAGAAAAUCCUAGUGCGGGGGCAACGAAUUUAAAGAGCGAACAUUAUAUUAACCAGUAUGCUUAUGUAAAUAUUAUUAUAAUUUAUUUAAUUCUAUGUUAUAUUAAUAAUAAUAUUAACUAGGAUUAUAAUGUAUUAUUAAUAUAUAAUAGUUUGUCCUAUGAUAUAAAUGUUCCUAGAGAUUUUAGUAUUGUUACCAAGGAAUACUGUAUUUUGUAAGUUUGUUUCUCCUGUUGAUAUCCUAACUAGUUAAAUGGACUCUCGAUGGUCAGUGUCACCAGUGUCGGUUUAAUACCAGUUUUAAAUACUGACCGGAAUUGAAAGCAUAUACAUUUAAGCACCUAUGAUCGGUCUACACCUAUGAUCUACAAACCAUUGUUAGAUGAAGAUAUUAUGACAUUUUUAAUCAUACUCCACUACUUUUAUUUCUAUAAUAAGUCGUAAUUCGUAAAUCUACCACAGCAAGUACGAGACAUAGUAAAAGUAAAGACACCAUUCCAGAUUUCGAGUAAUACCUAAAAAAAAUAGAAAAUACGUCUUUAGAUAAAUUGAAUAAGUCGUUUAAAUUAAGAGGAACAUUUUUUCACCUAGAAUACACGAUCGUAUUGCAUAUCUAUGUUAAUUUACAUUCUUUUAUCAUGUUAUAGAAACAUUAAUUGUGCUUUUUAUGAUAUGACCGAAUCCGACAUCCGACCGAACAUCAUACUCAGGGUGCUUUUCCACCAGAGAUGUGCUACGCUACGUUGCUGUGAAUGCGUUUUGCUUCCACCAAUCAUAAUCAUUGGUACACAUAGCUUAGCACUGGUGGAAACGAAUACAGCUAAGCUAUGUUUUUUUAUUUAUGGAAAGAUGCAUGCUUUGGAUGCGUGCUAUGGAUGGCUUCACUACUAUUGUCACAUAUACUCGAACAGCGCAUCUUCCUCGCACAGCUACAUAGCUUGGUACCAGUGGAAACGAUGACAGUUUCACAGCUUAGCUAUCACAUCUUCGUAGCCUAGCUACAUAGCACAUCUCUGGUGGCAAAUCACGUUUACACUAAUACAACGUUAUCAUCAUACAAGAUGAUAUCGUGUGUGGGUUAUAAUAUACGUGUAUAUAGGGAAUAUAAUGUAGUUUCAUUACAGAUUCAAUUACUGGCAGACGCCAUGUUAAUACUGUCCGUGUGAUAUAAUAAACACUUAGUCUCCACGUAAUUUAGGUCACCCGAGAAGCGUAUAGAGUUAAGUAAUUAGUUCCUGGACAGCAACUAGUCUUGGUACUAAAAUUCUUUAGAUGAUAUUUUACGUGAAUUUUUGGUGUAAAGUUAUGAUUGUAAAAUUGGUUGUACAAUGAAAACUCUACCUUGUUGCUAUGUAUGGAGUGGGUCGACUGUAUUAACAAAGAAUCAAAUCAUAUCAUUAGAACUUAAAACGGAAUAUUUACCAUGUUUAUUAGUUUUUGUGAGUUUCCGAUAUUUCGGGACUGUUGCAAGCGCCAUGAUCACGGAUGAACUGAUGAUGGCGGAAAAAUGAAUGAUGGUAAUUAUCGAUCGUUUUAAGUUCUAAUGAUAUUACUAGUGACCAUGUCAGUUUAAAAAUCUAAUCAUUAUCAGAAAUGUUUUAUUUCAUUAUUACAUGAUUAUACAUGUUAUACAGUUG